AUGGCGAUCAAGCACAACCAGAAGCUGGUGAACAACCACUUCCGCAAGGACUGGCAGCGACGGGUCCGCACCCACUUCGACCAGCCCGGGAAGAAGGCGUCGAGGCGCACUGCUCGUCAGGUCAAGGCCGCUGCUGUCGCCCCCCGCCCCGUCGACAGGCUGCGACCCAUUGUGCGAUGCCCGACCAUUAAGUACAACCGCAAGGUCCGCGCCGGUCGGGGCUUCACUCUCACUGAGCUCAAGGAGGCCGGCAUCUCCCGACACUUUGCCCCCACCAUCGGCAUCGCCGUCGACCACCGCCGCCAGAACCUCAGCGAGGAGAGUCUCACCGUUAACGUGGCCCGCCUCAAGGCCUACAAGGACCGCGUUAUCGUGCUGCCUCGCCGAUCCAACGCCCCCAAGAAGGGCGACACCAAGACCGACCUGGCCAAGGUCCAGAGGGCUACCCUCAUCUCCUCCGCCAUGCCCAUCGCCCCGGUCGACCUUGCCGUCAAGGAGAUCAAGAAGAGCGACAUGCCCAAGCCCAUCGAGGGUGGCGCCUACGCCAAGCUGCGCAUGGCCCGGAGCAACGCCCGGUACCAGGGCGCCCGUGACAAGCGCGCACGGGACAAGGCCGAGGCCGAGACCGCCAAGAAAUAG